AUGGCGGUCAGUACGUCUUCAACUGCUGGCAUUAUUGGUGGCAGCAACCCUUUGGAGUAUUCCAAAUCGCAGCCGUAUACCUUGUUUAUAUUCCAGACAAUACUCAUAGUGGUCCUAGCUCAGUUGGUUUACCGUCCUUUAUCUCUCAUCAAGCAGCCCAAAGUUAUUGCGGAAGUGAUAACUGGAAUUCUGCUUGGACCAAGUGUGAUGGGUCACAUUCCGAAUUUCACUUCAACUGUGUUCCCUACAGAUUCUAUUCCUGGUUUGACAUUGGUCGCCAAUGUCGGUGUUUGCCUUUUGCUAUUCAUGGUCGGAUGUGAAGUUGAUGUGGUGUUCAUCAAAAAGAAUCUCAAGAUCGCAGUUUCUGUUGGCCUGUUUAACAUGGCUGUACCUUUUGGCCUCGGAUGUGCCAUUGCAGUCGGUCUUUGGAACGAGUAUAGAGUUCAUGAUGAUAGCUUGCAACCAAUCAAAUUCACCACCUUCAUGGUUUUCAUUGCCGUUGCAAUGUGUAUUACGGCAUUUCCUGUGCUUGCACGUAUUAUCACUGAGCUUGGGCUGGUUAAGGAUCGUGUGGGUGUCAUAGUGUUAGCAGCGGGGAUCACAAACGACUUGGUUGGGUGGAUACUUCUUGCUCUCAGUAUCACAUUGGCGAACUCUACAAAGUCAGAAGUUACGGCAUAUAUAUGUUUGGUCACAAUUGGGUGGUGUUUAUUUGUGGUAUAUCCAGUUCGCUAUGCAUUGAGAAAGGUGCUAUUAUAUUUGGACGACAUCUCAAGUGGACCAUCGCAACUAGGUACCACAAUCAUUCUUAUGCUGAUGUUUGCAUCAGCUUUCUUCACAGAUAUAAUUGGCGUUCACCCUAUUUUUGGAGCAUUCGUCGUGGGAACGAUUGUACCUAGGGAGAACAAUUAUGUCAUCGUUGUGACAGAAAAGAUCGAAGACCUUGUGAAUAUCGUUUUCGUCCCGCUUUACUUUGCACUUGCCGGCCUUAGUGUCAACUUGGGUUUACUUAACAGGGGAAUUGACUGGGCUUAUAUUGUUUGCAUUAUUGUGGUAGCAAUGUUGGGUAAGAUUCUUGGAGGAUUUGUGGCUGCUCGCUUCUUUGGACUCUUCAAAAGAGAAAGUCUCAGUGUUGGUGUCUUGAUGUCCUGUAAAGGAAUUGUUGAGAUUGUUGUGCUUAACACAGGUCUGAACGCAGGAAUAAUAUCUCAGAAGACAUUUUCGAUGUUCAUUGUUAUGGCAUUGGUGGCGACUUUUGUUACCACGCCAUUGACUUUGCUGUGCUAUCCCCAAUCGUACAGAGAC